GUUUCCCUCGUCUGCUGCUAAUCAAGUUCAUUUCAAAUGUGUAACUACAAUGCUACAAGGUUGUUUCGUCCACCGCCCCUCACUCUCUCCCUCUCUCUUUGCCUCUCUCCUUCCUUCUCAGUUUUCCCUACUCAUACGAAACAAAUUUGCAUUCUUGCAUUCAUCAUGAUUGAAUUGAAAAAACAAACAAACAAACAGCUGAAUGCGUAGAUGAGCAGAUAGAUAGAUAGAUAGAUAGAUGGAUAGAUAGAUAGAUAGGUAGGUAGGUGGGUUAAACUGAGAAAGGAGUUGACCGUCGGUCGAUCUAGUCUGUCCGAUUUACAAAAUAUACAAUCAAUAAAAGCAUAUCUCCAUGUAAAUAUAUACAUAUAUAUGAGUGUUUGUAUAUCUGUCCACCUCACAAUCUCCUUGUCUUUCCCUCUCUCUCUCUCCCAACUCCUCUGUUAUUUGUAUAUUUUCCGCAUAUAAAUAACGUUACAUUCAAUGAUCAGUGGAAAUAGCAGUGGCAAUAUUCAAUCAAGAUUGACUGAAAUUAUUGUAUUGAAGGUUGCUUGUAUCUCACUGACAAGAUCAAAAGUAAAAAAAAUAGCCUCUAAGAUUGUUAUGCUGAUAUCCCCGAUAAUUGUUAUCCAGAAAUCUUUGUGAAAAAUAAUGCAUAUGACAUCAUUGACUCAACCAGCUUCACCGCAAUCACGUCGAUCAAGUUCUGUUUCAACUAUCGGAUUAUAUAAUACGACAGUCAGUAAUACAAUAAAUAAUUUGAACAAUAACAUUAGUAAUAAUAAUAACAACCUAUUACACCGUCAUAAUUCUACAGUAGUGAAUCUUUAUACACGUCAGUAUAUACAAAAGAAGAAAUCGCAUCGAUGGCGUCUGGUACGAACACCAAUCCCCUUGAAUCCUGUAUAUCGGAAAACAUUAUUUUUAGCUAUUAUUAUGCCAUGUAUUGGUGCAUUAUUAUUUAUUGGAGCUACAUUAACACCAGAAUGGGAGAAUGUACAUUUUAAAUUUAUUAAAAUAUUAGAAAUGUUUUCUGUUUAUCAGAAUUGUUCAAUUAUGACCACCACCACCACUAGUACUACUGAUAAUAAUAAUAGUAGUAUAAGUAGUGGUUAUGAAACAAAUGUCAAUAUUCAGAAUGCAUCGUUUUUCUUAAAUCAUCACAAUGAUUUAAUGAUGUUGGAUGAAUCAAAUUAUUGGACAAGUCAUCCUCAACAGUACCAACGGCAGCAGUAUCCCCAUCAACAUUCACAUCAGCAUAAUUACACCCUGGAAUUUAUUAUUUUUCGUGAUGGUAAAAUAUUAAAUUGGCGUAAAUUAAAAAAUUAUUAUAAGAAUUGUCUUACAGUAACGUAUAAAAUGAAUGAAAUUGUUGGAAUUGUUGUUCAUUCUGAUGUACAUAUUCCUCAAGUAGAUGCCAGUAGUAGUAUGAGUAAUAGUAUCCAUAGUAAUAGUAAUAGUCAUAGUAACACACCGAAGCAUUUAUUACGUGAAACACCAGUUACACCGAGAUUAUUCAAUCGUAAUAAGUAUACAUUUACACGACAAGAAUGGAUUCAAUUAGUGGAACAAGGUGAUUUAUUAGACGGGAAUACUGACGAUGAAAUGAAUCGUAAUUUAUGGUUAAUCAUGAAUUUACAAGCUGGUAUAUGGACAAUGUGUUUUCGUUUAUCAGAUAUCUACAAACCAAAAAUUCUUGCCUAUAGUGCAAAUAUCCAUCCAGAAUCGCAUAUACCACUCGACUGUAUCUCAUAUUUACAAGCUAAUCUAUCAGAAACAAAAAAUCUAUGCAGUCAAUUUCUUCUAAAAAUGCAAAACAAUAUUAUUUCAUGCGUUGUGGUAGUCUACUUGUCAGUUGCAGCUUCUGUAUUGAUCGGGGCGUUUUCAACUCUGUUUCGCGCUGUACCUGCAGCUAUGGUAACGGGUGUAUUGUAUGUUACAUCAGGCGUUUUCAUCAUAUUCGCUAACUGUAUCCAUCAUACAAAGUUGAAUCGUUUGGAAUAUGAAUGGGGACCAUGUUAUCCAAUAUCACAAAUACCAAGAACGUUAUACAUUCCAGAGAUAAUCAGUGUUCAUCCCCUCUGGCCAGUAUUAGUUAGUUGGAUAUCAUCGUUUGUAUUUUUUGUCGCUUCAAUUAUUUGGAUUAUACUUACACAAUUAAUGACUUUUGAAAAUUCUAAAACGAUGAUUUAAACACUUUGGGGGAUUUUUUCUUUUUGCGGUUUAUUUUGAUGUCUGAAUAAAUAGCGAAUUCAGUUUCGCAUUUAUAUAUAUACGCUCUAACUGAUAUUUCGUCUGUACCCUAACAAUUUGAAUCAAGCGAUUGCUCGUUCUUUCAAGGUCACUUUUUGUUUGAGUGAAUGUUGAAAAUUGCGCGGCAAAUUUGUUCACUGCAAAAUAAUCUUUUCUUGUUGAAAUGUUAACUUCUGUUUAUUUGUUUGUUUUGGUAAAUACGAAAAUUUGCAUUAUGUGAAAUUUUCUCUAUUUUGAUUUUGCAGAGGCUGUUUUAUUUCAAUUGGAGAUUUGUAUUCAAUAUGUGGAAAUAUGUUUGUAUGUACUAAUGUAAUCUAACCUCGAAACUUCACUUUUCAUAAAAAAAUAUGUUUCAGUUACAAGUAAAAAUAAAAGUUUAUGAAUGAUUGCUAUUGUAUUAUUGUUCCAUUGGCUUCCGAGUGGGACAUAGAGCAUCAACUACAUAUACCCACUG